AGGUACUCUGAGAGACUGUUGGAGGUCGGCGAAGUCGCGGCUGUCCUAGCUCUGCUUAUCAACAGAUGAUGCCAACUGCCAGAAAGUCUUCAGAGCAGUAGGGACUAUCCUCGACGUGUCCAUUGUCACAUAAUAAUUUCAGGGCCUUCAAGAAGUUGUUCUCUACAUUUAGACUGACUUCAACAUGCACGACCAUUCCUCUCACUCACACCACACAGCAGCCCCUCCAGCAGAUUCACAGAACAUGUCAGGUGGCAUGCCGGGUAUGUCAGGCAUGCCAGGUAUGUCAGGUAUGCCUGGUAUGUCAAAUAUGUCAGAUAUGUCCGACGGCAUGAUGAGUAUGUUUUUUCACACUGGCUACUCUGAAUACAUUUUAUUCAAAGAUUUACAUACAAAUUCAGUAUGGCAAAUGGUCAUUGCUUGUCUUAUCAUUUUCAUCCUUGCCAUGUGGUACGAAGGUCUAAAGGUAUUCCGGGAGCAAAUGCUGAGGAAAUCUAAUGUGAAAACUCGCUAUCACAGCAUGACAAUAGAACCAAGUUCAUCUAGGGAUACAAUAGUUACAGAAGAACAUAAAACAGUCGAGUCAUUCAGUGUAAAUCACCAACAAAAAUCUAGCAGUGCGGAACCUUCUGUAAGGGUUUGGAUAUUCAGUUUCUCUCACCUCAUUCAGACCGGGCUUCACAUCUUGCAAGUAACAGUCAGCUACUGCCUCAUGUUGGUCUUUAUGACUUACAACGUUUGGUUAUGUAUUUCCGUGGUGCUUGGUGCUGGCGCGGGUUACUUUGCCUUCGGUUGGAAGAGAGCUAUUGUGGUCGACAUUAACGAACACUGCCAUUAACCAUUAAAUAGCUCGACUGUCACUAUGGAAACAAACUUAUGUUUAAUGACCAUAAAAUCAAAAACAACAGACUUUUAUCAGCAAGUUUCUCUUUUCAAAAGGUGGGAGUGAUUUGUUCAUAGAAUUCAUUACACUGCAGUUGGCAAAUACUUGAAAAUAUUUUAUCAGAAAAAGAAAUAUAUAUCUUUAUUUUUUAGAGACUCUCCCUAGGGACCAUUUAUUUUUAGAUUUAUUUGUUUUAUUUUUUCUUAAUAUUACACAUUUGCUUCUCUUAGAACAGAAAGCUGUACACACACACACCUUUCGUUGAGUGUGCGAAUGAAAAUAUGGAAGAAAUUGCUGUUUGUGUGUUCUGGAGUUGUGUCCCCCAAAUAUGUUAUUUGGGGGACAAGGAAGUUUGCUGAAAUAUUCGUUAGAAUCUUUAGUAUAAAGAUUCCUAAAAUAUAUCUAUAUAUCACAUAUCAAACCUCUGCAACCAUGGGUUGUAAAUAAUAAAAGCUAUUAUCGAGCUUCCUCAGAAACAUUUUUUAUCAGAUAUAUCAGGCUAUCUUUAUGGUCAAUCAACCCACAAGAAGUAGCAGUUAAAAUCUCCCUCAGAUUACACGAUACAGUCCUUAA